CGCGGACUCGCGGGCCGGGCAGCCGAGUGUGUCGUCGCGGGCGCCGGGCGGCCAUCUUAGAUGGCGGGAGCGAGGCGAGAGGGCGCGUGAGAGUCGGGGCGGCUCGCUGGGCUCUGACCGCGCCCGCACGGGGUCGGCCGGCCGGGCUUUGGGGCGCGUGCCCCGGGCGCGAGGGCGACGAUGCGGGGGCCGCCCGGGGCCCCGUCCCCUGGAUUGGGGACGCGCCGAGUGUGACCGACUCCCGCUGCCUCAGCCGCCGGGCACGACGGGCCCGAGGCGGCGGCCCUCAGCAGAUCUUAGGAUCACGGAAGCUGCAUCAAUGGAGCACAUACAGGGGGCCUGGAAGACGCUCAGCAAUGGCUUCGGGUUCAGAGACGCGGUGUUCGACGGCCCCAGCUGCAUAUCCCCCACACUCGGUCAGCAGUUCGGCUAUCAGCGGCGGGCGUCAGAUGAUGGCAAGCUCACGGACUCAUCCAAGACGAACAGCACCAUCCGGGUUUUCUUGCCGAACAAGCAAAGGACAGUGGUGAAUGUGCGCAACGGGAUGAGCUUGCACGACUGCCUCAUGAAGGCCCUCAAGGUGCGGGGCCUGCAGCCCGAGUGCUGUGCCGUGUUCAGACUCCUCCAGGAGCACAAAGGUAAAAAGGCACGUUUAGAUUGGAACACUGAUGCUGCCUCGUUGAUUGGAGAAGAACUUCAAGUAGAUUUCCUCGAUCAUGUUCCCCUCACAACACACAACUUUGCUCGGAAAACCUUCCUGAAGCUUGCUUUCUGUGACAUCUGCCAGAAAUUCCUGCUAAAUGGAUUUCGAUGUCAGACUUGUGGCUACAAAUUUCAUGAGCACUGUAGCACCAAAGUACCUACUAUGUGUGUAGACUGGAGCAAUAUCAGACAACUCUUAUUGUUUCCAAAUUCCUCGGUUGGUGACAGUGGGGCCCCAGCACUGCCUUCUUUGACAAUGCGUCGGAUGCGAGAGUCUGUUUCCCGGAUGCCUGUUAGCUCCCAGCACAGAUACUCCACUCCCCACGCCUUCACCUUCAACACCUCCAGCCCCGCUUCCGAAGGCUCCCUGUCGCAGAGGCAGAGGUCGACAUCCACGCCCAACGUGCACAUGGUCAGCACCACCCUGCCUGUGGACAGCAGGGUGAUCGAGGAUGCGAUUCGAAGUCACAGUGAAUCAGCCUCACCCACAGCCCUGUCCAGCAGCCCCAACAACCUGAGCCCCACGGGCUGGUCACAGCCCAGAGCCCCUGUGCCGGCACAGAGAGAGCGGGCACCCGGACCCGGGACCCAGGAGAAAAACAAAAUUAGGCCAAGGGGACAGAGAGACUCCAGCUACUACUGGGAAAUAGAGGCCAGUGAAGUGAUGCUGUCCACUCGGAUCGGAUCAGGCUCCUUCGGAACUGUCUACAAGGGCAAGUGGCACGGUGAUGUGGCGGUGAAGAUCCUCAAGGUUGUUGACCCAACACCAGAGCAGUUCCAGGCCUUCAGGAACGAGGUCGCCGUCCUGCGCAAAACACGGCACGUCAACAUCCUGCUCUUCAUGGGUUACAUGACCAAAGACAACCUGGCCAUCGUCACCCAGUGGUGUGAGGGCAGCAGUCUCUACAAACACCUGCACGUCCAGGAGACCAAAUUCCAGAUGUUCCAGCUGAUUGACAUAGCUCGGCAGACGGCACAGGGCAUGGACUAUUUGCACGCCAAGAACAUCAUCCACAGAGACAUGAAAUCCAACAACAUAUUUCUCCACGAGGGCCUGACAGUUAAGAUCGGUGACUUCGGCUUGGCCACCGUCAAGUCCCGCUGGAGUGGCUCCCAGCAGGUGGAGCAGCCUACUGGCUCGGUGCUGUGGAUGGCCCCAGAGGUGAUCCGCAUGCAGGACGACAACCCCUUCAGCUUCCAGUCGGAUGUGUACUCAUAUGGCAUCGUGCUGUACGAGCUCAUGACAGGCGAGCUGCCCUACUCACACAUCAACAACCGCGAUCAGAUCAUCUUUAUGGUGGGCCGCGGCUAUGCCUCCCCGGACCUCAGCAAACUCUACAAGAACUGCCCCAAGGCCAUGAAGAGGUUGGUGGCCGACUGCGUGAAAAAAGUCAAGGAGGAGAGGCCGCUGUUCCCCCAGAUCCUGUCUUCCAUCGAGCUGCUCCAGCACUCUCUGCCGAAGAUAAACCGCAGCGCCUCAGAGCCCUCGCUGCACCGCGCAGCCCACACUGAGGACAUCAAUGCCUGCACGCUGACCACAGCUCCCAGGCUGCCCGUCUUCUAGCGCCCUGCUCCCCUGAGAAGCUGCUGCUAAGGACCGUCACUGCGCUCUCGGGCCUCAACUCCGUGGUGCCUUCGCCCCUUCCAGCCUGGAGGAGGAAGGAAGCAUGCGCUGCUCCCUCCACAGACAGCGGCCACGUGCUGAGGUGACUGGCAGCAGACGGGGGAGUUUUGCACAGAAUGCACCAAGUGGCUGCCUGCCGGCCUGCUUUGGUACUAAGACUUAACUGGGGGUUUCGGAGCCCCCUACACUGAACUGAGUCUUCCAGGAGCCGCCCCACCUUUCCAGCCACCACCUAGAUGCAAGGAAGCCAGGAAAACGGUUUUCUUGAUGAUUUGGGUUUUAAUUUUGUUUUUAUUGCGCCUGAUAAAAUACAAUUAUCCAGUGGUUCCUUAAUUGUGUUAUUUUAAUAAAAUAAAUUAAAUGUA